AUGGUACGUGAACAAUCAGAAGAGGCACAAUGGUGGUUUCAGGCAGUCUACAGUGCUGUACAGGAAAUCCCAUAUGGAAAAGUGACGAGCUAUUCACAAAUUGCACAUCUACUUGGGUUCCCCAAACGAGCUCGUCAAGUGGGAGUGUGUUUGAAGCACCUUCCAACGUACAAUCCAGCAGAACCGGACAAAUUCUUCUUUCAUGAUCAAAAUGUGCCUUGGCAACGAGUGGUCAAUGCGAAGGGUGGGAUCAGUCCACGUGGGGAUGACGGACUCGGAGCCAGCCGACAAGCACAGAAGUUGGGAGAAGAAGGAGUUGAAGUGAACCAAGCUCGAGGGCUUGAGGAUCAAUGGGUUGAUCUGGGUCGAUAUGGAUGGUUCCCCAAGAGACUUCCCAGCGAAGCCGACGAGGAGGAUAGCGAUGAGUCAGAAGGUGAUGGGGAAUGA